UGCAACGCCAGCAGCGAUGAGAAAUCAACACAUAAAAACACACCGGAGACCGGAAGCUGCUGUUUUCCACUCUUCUAUGAAAAACCCACACUCUGGUGUUCUUCUAAAGACGGCCAUUGCUACUGUAGGUAUCAAGGAGACAGCCGUCGAUGCAGCUAUCCUCUUCGACGAGGGCUCUCAGAAGUCUUUUAUCACGCAGCAGCUGGCAGACCAACUACACCUUCCGGUUGAUAAUACGGAAAUGUUAGCCAUUGCGUCAUUCGGUGGAAACACAACGAGAGUCCGACACGUUGAUCGCAGUACAAUCUACGUGAAAACAGACAACGAAAUGAUCCCACUGAGCGUCCUGGUUGUUCCAACAAUAGCGAAACCCAUCGACACAAGCCUCAUGUCAGUGGCAGCCACAUUUCCCUAUCUCCGACAGUUGAAGUUAGCCCAACCAGUCUCAGUCGAUUCAAUACUAGACAUUGCCGUUCUGAUUGGUGCAGACCACUACUAUGACUUGGUUGAAGACACUGUUAUUCGCGGGAACGGUCCUACAGCUGUGAAGUCCAAGCUAGGCUACCUACUGUCGGGUCCUGUUCAUAUGGGGACUUCCUGUACUGUCACGGUGAUCGGUAAUUAGAUAUCGUCCGGUAAUGAAAGCGACCGAAACAGCAGCGGUGAUAAAGAUAACCAAAAAAUAGGCACCCCAAUCGUUAAGCCAACCGACUCUGACCGCAGACGGUGGAGGAGCGCGGCACGGUAUCAACCUCCGGAUCCUCUUACUUCACUUCCGGUCCAAAUCGCAGAUGACUCCACUAUUGACAGUUGCUUCACCAAACCCUGGUUACAGCCGGCUGACGUCGACGAGACGGGGAACACUAAUAAUCGCCGACCUCUACGGUUGCGUACGCGGAAAAAAAGUUUUCCCGAUCCGAGACGGCUUGAUUCAUUACCGGAAGUGGAUGCGUCAAAAUCGGAAGUUCCGCAUCACUUCAUUCCCGACGGAGCCGUGUUCGACUAUACGCGAUUGGAAGUGGAAGCAGACCAUGGCGACCGACCGAAUACGAAGAAACUCGAAGAGUGCGUGAGGGAAAAAGUUAAAACCAAAGGUGAGCCGAAUAAUCACUUGCAGAAGCAGACGACAUUGAAAUACGGUUAUGAAUACGAGGCGGACUCAACAGAUAGCUUACGGAGCAGCACUGGCGUCGACGGGGAUAUAACAGACGAAACCGAGAGUGAAUUCAUUCUGGUGGUCCCGGAAGUCGUGAAAGACGAGCCGCCGCCAUUGCUCGCAACCACAAUGCCCCAGACGAUUGACGAUAGAUAAUACAAUAUGGCCCCGGAUGUGAUCAUUUGGAAAAAUGAGGACACGCGGCUCAAUGACGUAGAGGACAAAUACACGCUUACAACGACACCAAAGAAAGACAAACAAAAGAAAAGAAGGGAAAGGAAAUCAAAGGGAAAACUGUAACACUCGACUUUUUCUAGAUCCCUUUUUUAAUUCAAUUAUUCAGUGUGAUACGAUAGACAUUGGAUAUUGUGUCGUGAUAUCUAAUUAGCAUUGCCUUGUCUUACAAAAUAGUGUUUAUGUUAUGUUAAUAAUUCUGUACGUAUUCACUUUGCUUUCUUUUCGCGGCCGGGAGAAUGUUGUGAUUUUGGCGCGACGUCGUACGACGUCGCCGACGGCGCGAACAUUCACGUCUUUAGACGUCAUCAUUGUUGUUAUUGUUAUUUAUAAUUGUCAUUUGAAUAUUUACAACGGUAGUAACAGGUCGAACCUGGAUUUACUUAUGUUUCUGUCUCACAACCGAAGUACAUUUGCAUUCACAUUACGAUCGCCGACAACGGGCAUCCGCCAACAUUUUUUUGAAAUCACACUUACCCAAGGCACGGAUGCCGAUGAAACCUUAACGGGCACUGAUAAAGGCGUCUCAAUAUUGUGGCCAACACCAUGUCUGGAUUUGAAUCUUCAGAUGAGGAGGGGGAAGUGGACGUGUCACCUUUCCUAAUAUCUUGGCUUGAUUUAGGAUUAGGUGAACAUGAGGAUAAGCUUGCCAUCAGUUCACUGCCAGGUUGCAGAUUCAAAGACACCUGGAGGAGUUUAGAAAGUGAUAUAAAAUGUCUUCAGGCAGAAGGAGUAGAUUCGGUACUUUGUCUGUGCACAAAAGGAGAACUGAACAAGUACAGAGUUCCAGGUCUUCUGUCUGAGCUUGAAUUAGCCAACAUAGACGUUCACCAUUACCCAUAUCUUGAUGGCACAGCACCGAACAUCCGUACAAUGCUACAGAUAGUGGAUGAGAUACUGAUGUUGGUUAAGAAAGGAAGUAAACCGCUUGUACACUGCUUUGGAGGAUUAGGAAGAUCUUGUUUAGUUGCUGUGUGUACUAUGCUGGUGAUUGAUGAGAGCUUGACAGCAGAACAGGCCAUUGAAAAGGUGCGAGGGUUGAGGGGCCCUGGAGCUAUACAGUCUGUACAGCAGUACAAUUAUGCCUGUGAGUUCCGGAAUCUAUGUAACAGCUACAAACAAGAGCAGGACGAGAAUGCCAGGUCGUUAUCUAGAUGAUUUUUGAAGGGGAGACGGUGAAUCCUAAGGCACACAUAAGACUGACUAACAAUGUCUAGAAUUAAUUGUGUUCAUGUAUAUGACUUUUUGUAAUAAGCCAUCGUUUUUUUCCACUGAGUCUCAUAAAGUACAAGGUCCGUUGUGUUAAUGAUAGCAAACAAUUAAACUCCAGAUACAAUCAGGCAA